AUGGCGACGACGACGACGAGGGCAGCUUGCCGCGCACUGUUCACAUUCUUGGUUGUCCUCGGCGUCUCCGCUAGCGAUGAUUUCGCGCCGUCGCCGGACGUGGAUACCUUGGACAUAAAAAACAACUGCAGCUACAGGGUGGCGCCGGUGAUCGCCCCCAGACAGGGCUCGCCGCCGCUAAGCUUCACCCCCGUCGAGCUCAAGGGGUACGAGUACCUCCUCGGAAUCCCGAUGCCACACGGGUGGUCGGGUCGCAUCUGGGGCCGGACCGACUGCUCUACCGACGGCAACGGCAAGUUCACGUGCGCCACGGGCGACUGCGGCUCCGGCCGUCUGGAGUGCGACGGAGGUGGCGGCGGCCGGCCCGCGCCGGCAGCGACGGUCGCCGAGUUCGCGCUCGGCGGCAAAGGCGGCACGGACACCUACGACAUCAGCCUCGCCGACGGGUACAACCUGCCCAUGCUCAUGGCGCCUUACGACACGAGCCAUGGCGGCGGCCAGUGCGCUCCGACUCAGUGCGUGGUGGACCUCAACAGCGCGUGCCCGGCCGACCAGCAGGUGAACGCGUCCGGCCGUGUUGUGGCGUGCAGGCCAUCGGAGAACUCCGGGUCAUUGAAGAACGCGUGCCCGACGGCCAAAAGCUACGCUGAUGUCGACGCCGCCUCCGCCUCCACCAGCUUCAGCUGCGCCGUCGUCAACACCACCUACACCGUCACCUUCUGCCCUGACAACAGUGAAUUUGACCCUAAAUACUAG